AUGAGACAUCCGAGGAGACCUACAGAGACGUUCAAGAGCUCGCUCAUAUUCCGACCCACAACGAAAUCGCCGUCAUCAGACACAAGAAGCGAUUGCUACCAGGGCACCGAGCUAUUCAAUCAAAAACCCGCGAGCGGUAUCGACUUUUUGAUGGAGAACGGAAUCCUCCCGAAGCCGUUCUGUGCCGAGAAAGUAGCGGAGUUCUUGAGGACCAAUUACCAGUUGGACAAAAACAAACUCGGAGAAUAUAUUUCGAAUCGGAAAAACACGGAACCACUGCGAGCCUUCGUCAUGUCAUUCGCUUUCGCCAACACCCGUAUCGACGAAGCUCUGAGAAUGUACCUCGAAUCGUUCCGGCUGCCAGGCGAGGCCCUCCCGAUCUCUUUAGUCUUGGAACAGUUCGCCGAACAUUGGCAUACGAGUAACAAUCAACCUUUCGCCUCGGCUGAUGCCACAUUCACGCUGGCAUACGCCAUCAUCAUGUUGAACGUUGACCAACACAAUCGUGUUGUGAAGAAACAAUCGAACUCGAUGAAGGAAGAAGAUUUCAUAAAAAAUCUCAAAGGUGUUAACGGCGGUUCCGACUUUGAGGAACAACUCCUAUCGGACAUUUAUCACUCAAUCAAAAACGAAGAGAUCAUCAUGCCAGCUGAACAAACUGGUCUGGUGAAAGAGAACUAUUUGUGGAAGGCCCUCUUGAAGCUUUCCUCUCGACACCUAAACAAUCUCAGGACGCACAGACGCCACCUCAAAUUGGGCAAGAAACUCAAUCUGAAACCUGUCCUCCAUCGAGACUACGAGAAAAUCACCAGUCGAUUCGCGGAAUGGCGUCUUCUCGCUGCCGAUUUCCGUCUCCGACCGGGGAGUUUCGACGACUACUUCGAUUACAUUCUACAAUUAUUAGAUCUCGUGAUCGAGAGGAGAUUCUCGUACCAUUUUCAUCGUUUCGUCAUCUCGAUGUGUAUCGACACCGCAUUGACUGCGCUCUCUUGUUGGCUGCCGCUGACUUCCCCGAAAAAUUCGCAUCUCAUCUUUUUUACGGCUUCCAUUAUUUUCAUCGCGGUCCUUAUCAUAAUUCUCGAGGAGAGCAAAACGAUAGAGCUCUCCUCACACCCUCUCUUGGAUCGCCUCUUGGAAUCCGUCCAGAGCUAUUUACUGAGUGAAGAAGCCUUGAUUUGCGAUGCCACCGAGGAGGCCGAGGUGCAAAUUCCUCCGGCUGGGCAGAGUCUGGAGGACCUACCCGUGGUCGAGGAAAGGUUCGAGGCCACUCGGACCUGGUUGCUGACGGUUCUGCAGCGAGGAUCCUCUGUGCUGUUCCUAUCUCUGUACCUUGUGGUGUAUUAUCAAUGA